UCAUAUGUCAAUGUCAAAUGAAUCUACUUAAUGUGGUGCGCUGAUGGUGGUGUGGAAUAAAAUUAUUACAAGGAGAAAGAAAGAGACAUUUUGAUUGUGUUUCCUAUUAUUCUCUCCAAAUUCGUCUAUAAUUAUUCAUAGGUAUAAUGCUUAUGGAAUUAACUGAUGAGCUCGAACAAAGCGACAGCGGCAUGGAAUCUUUGACAGCAAGCAAAGAUGAUACCCCGGAACGUAGGCCUGAAGACAAUUUCAUAACGCCUUCGUUAGGAUCGUCACCUACAGCGGGUUCGCCUCUCGAUGGUCCACAACUGGGUCCACUGAAAGAAUUUGAUGAUGAACCAGAUGAAACAUUAUCGGAGAGGCUAUGGGGGCUGACCGAAAUGUUCCCUGAAGGGUUACGGAAUGGUGCACAUACAGUUACUACCAAAACUUGGUCGGGUGUCAAAGGCCUAUAUGGACUGUCACGCUCUGUUUUAUGGGUGGUAGCAAGUUCAUCUGUGAUCUUGUUUGCUCCUGUCCUAUUUGAAGUUGAGAGGGCUCAAAUGGAUGAGAUGCAGAAAACUCAACAGAAGCAGGUCUUGCUGGGGACUAAUGCCGCCUUGUCUGGACCAAUGCCGAAUUUACCGCCAAUCCCGCGAUAAACUUGUACCAUAUAAUAACAACAACAUUAAUCACCAAUAUAACAUUGUGUAAGAAAUGUUUAGUUGUCAUCCUUAUGCUUUAAUGUUAGGUAGUUAGUUUAAAUAAAAAAUAUAUAGGUACUGGAUGUAAUGGGUAUUUAAAAUCGAAUUCGAGUAUGGAAACAACUAUACAUGUCAGAAAUAGUAUUUAUUAUUUAUGCAUUUAUCCUUUUCAAAUCUGGAAAACUGACCUUAGUCACAUGACCUAAAUAUUGUAAUACUUGUACCUAUCAGUACACAACCAGGAAUGUACCUUUUGGUUUGUUUUAUAUUAAUAGAUAUUGUUUUAUCAGUCGUAGCACGUAAAAUAAAGGAACUGUUAAAAUUGAA